CUGUGCUGAGCUGCAUGAAAAUUUUCUGACACUCAACCCUCUUUCUUUGUGCCAUUUUAUUACAUUUAUUUAUUGCUCCGAAGAUUACUCCAAAUGCAUAAUCUCCGACUCGAGCACAACGUGAAAGAAAUGGGAAGAAUAUAGGAAAAGGGAGAGAGAUUAGAGGUCUGUUCUUACAAGUGUCUGCAGCUUUUCUGUAUAUGGGUUUCUAAAAGAUCUCUUGUUUCUGGAGCUUGGGGAGUUGGGGUACCUCUGUUUUACUUCUUUUAGCUUAAUUCGACUUCAUCUGAUGUUCUGUUGACGGAUUAAUGUCUUUCUGGCAUCUGGGUCUUUAAAGUUAGUAGCUGGAUAAUAGUGAUUGAUCGGAUCUCUGUCUCUUCAUCUCUUCUGUAUUCUUCUUGUUUUCAGAGUCUAGUUUGCCUAAUUUCUUGUUUGCUUCUGUUUGUUGUUUCUUAUUCCAUUUCUAACCAUUUUCUUGAUUGUUUAUGCAGUUAUAUAAUUCCCCUUUGACUUAGUCUUUUAUGUGAUUAUUUCCUUGACUACUGUCGAGCAUCUUAGAUUUAAAUUUUAUCAGUCUUUUCUUUCUGUAUUUUUUUUACAACUGUUUUCCUUAGCAUUCGAUUUGACUUUUAACUACCACAUUAUUCUAUUUUUAUUCUUCCAUCUUCCCCUAAAUUUGAAAUUUCCUCUGUCCGAGCUUCCUUCAUGCACAAUCUGCAUACUUGCCCAUGUUUUAUGUUUUCUCAGCUUAUGUUUUUGUACAUUCUUUAGUUAGGCACGUUUUACAUUGCUUGUAGAUCAGAUGCUGCCUUCCCCUUCUGUAACUAAAUAAUGAUGAGAGGAGCUAUUGGUUCGUCUCAAAGUCCUAUGGAGGCUAGACACAGAUUGUCUGGAUCAGUGGAUGACACAAACAAAAGAAGAUUCCACAGAAGUAAGGAUUUUAAAGAUGUUGGGAAGCAUUUCCAGGCCCUCGUCCAAUAUAGGAAUCGAAAUUGCAAGUUCCUUUCAAUGAAACUUGUACUGGUUAUUAUUCUAUUUGGAACUUUUUUGACAUUCCUUCACUCUCCAGCAGUGUAUAAUGAGUACCAAUCAGACUAUGGAACUAGACCAAGUUUUGUAGAUAGAUGGAUAUGGGAGAGGCCUGUUGCAGAUGCACGUUAUGUGUCAUAUGUAGAUGUUGAUUGGGACCAGAUCAGAGAAACCAUUGCAAGACUGCCUGACAGCAAUAUACAUCAGAUAAUAGGUCUAUUGAAUUUCAAUGACACUGAAAUUGACCAGUGGAAACAGCUUUUACCACCAAGUGCUAAGCAUGCUGUGCUGCACCUGGAUUAUGUUGAUAAAAGUGUUACUUGGGAGUCCUUGUAUCCUGAAUGGAUAGAUGAGGAAGAAGAAUCUGAAGUGCCCAUUUGUCCAUCUCUACCUGAGCCUGAGGUUUCUAAAACGCCACGACUUGAUCUCAUUGCAGUAAAGCUUCCCUGUAAUAGAUCAGGGGAGUGGUCAAGAGAUGUUGCUCGGUUGCACUUGCAGCUUGCAGCAGCAAGGCUUGCUGCCUCUGCUAAAGGCUACCAUCCUGUACAUGUGCUCAUUUUGACCGACUGUUUCCCAAUUCCAAACCUUUUCAUUUGCAAAGAUCUUGUUAUACAUGAAGGGAAUGCAUGGCUCUACAAGCCCAAUUUAAGUGUGCUGAGAGAGAAGCUUGGGCUCCCAGUUGGAUCAUGUGAACUUGCAGUUCCACUCAAAGCAAAAGAGAGAGCAUACUCAGGAAAAUCUCAUCGGGAAGCAUAUGCAACGAUUCUGCAUUCAGCUCAUGUCUAUGUUUGUGGUGCCAUUGCUGCAGCCCAGAGUAUCCGCAUGGUUGGUUCUACAAGGGACCUAGUGAUUCUUGUGGAUGAGACAAUUAGUGAGUAUCACAGGGGUGGCCUUGAGGCAGCAGGAUGGAAAAUCCGCACAAUCCAGAGGAUCCGGAAUCCAAAAGCUGAACGGGAUGCAUACAAUGAAUGGAACUACAGCAAGUUUCGCCUCUGGCAGCUGACAGACUAUGACAAGAUUAUCUUCAUUGAUGCAGACCUGCUCAUCCUAAGGAACAUUGAUUUUCUGUUUGGGAUGCCAGAAAUUACUGCAACUGGAAACAAUGCCACCCUCUUCAAUUCUGGGGUGAUGGUAAUCGAGCCAUCAAACUGCACAUUUCAGCUCUUGAUGGAUCACAUCAAUGAGAUUGAGUCCUACAAUGGUGGGGACCAAGGAUACCUGAAUGAAGUUUUUACAUGGUGGCACCGCAUUCCUAAACACAUGAACUUCUUGAAGCACUUCUGGAUAGGUGACGAAGAAGAGAUAAAAGAGAUGAAAACCCGUCUCUUUGGGGCUGAUCCUCCGAUCCUUUAUGUCCUCCAUUAUCUGGGUCUAAAGCCAUGGCUAUGCUUCCGGGACUAUGACUGCAACUGGAAUGUGGACAUACUACAGGAGUUUGCAAGUGAUGUUGCACACAAGCAGUGGUGGAAGGUUCAUGAUGCAAUGCCAGAGAACUUGCAGAAGUUCUGCCUGUUGAGGUCCAAGCAGAAGGCAGCGUUAGAAUGGGACCGGAGACAAGCUGAGAAGGGCAACUACACGGAUGGACAUUGGAGGAUCAAUAUAACUGAUCACCGUUUGAAGACAUGCUUUGAGGAUUUCUGCUUCUGGGAGAGCAUGUUAUGGCACUGGGGUGAGACAAAUUGGACAGACAAUGCGACAGUUACCCCAACUACACCUACAGUCACCACAGCAUCUCUCUCUAGUUUGUAGAUUGUGGUAUGUCUCCAUAAUGCAUUACUUUUCCCUUCAUAGGUGAAACUUCAGUUACAGAUGCCCCAAGUUUAAUCAACAAAUGGGGCAUGCCAUAUGUCAUAUGAAUCUCCUCUUGUCAAUACCAAAUGCCUCUGGAUGAGGUAUUAAUUACCUAUUUUAUAGUCUAAAAUUUGUAGAAUUAAUCAUGUUCAAUUCUUCUGAGGUUGAUAAAUUGCCCCAAUUUAAUGGGAUUAGUAGGUUGAAAGCUUGAAUCUGAGGCAUUUUUCUUGCAUGUCUCCUAUUGUACAUUUCGCAUGGUUAUAUUUUCUUCCCCAAUCUUGAAAACAUGGAUGGACCUAGCAAUACAUUUUACCGAGCAUCAUCAUUUCUGAA